GAUGAUGCACACAUAUUCUGUAGAGCGGAUCAGGUUGAGGAAGAAGUGAAAGGUGUGUUGGAUUUCGUUGACUAUGUUUACAAAAUAUUUGGGUUUACCUAUGAGCUAAAGCUUUCAACGAAGAAAGAGAAUUACAUUGGAACAUUGGAAGAAUGGGAUAUGGCUGAAAAGGAUCUUAAAAAAGCGCUAGAUGAUUUUGGAAAGCCAUGGGUGAUAAACAAAGGAGACGGUGCAUUUUAUGGCCCAAAGAUAGACAUAACAGUGUCUGAUGCAAUGAAAAGGAAAUUCCAGUGUGCUACUUUACAGCUUGAUUUUCAACUUCCGGAACGCUUCAAACUGAAAUACAAAACGAAAGUAAAGCAGGACAAACCUGUGAGACCUGUGAUGAUACAUAGAGCGGUGUUGGGAUCUGUUGAGCGUAUGUUCGCCAUAUUGUUGGAGCAUUACAAAGGAAAAUGGCCCUUCUGGCUUAGCCCGCGCCAGGCCAUAGUUUGCUCUUUGUCAGAGAAUUAUAGUUCCUAUGCAAAAGAGGUACAAAAACAGAUUCAUGACGCUGGGUACUAUGUGGAUAUUGACGAAAGUGACAGAAGCAUUUCUAAGAAGGUGGCAGAGGCUCGGGCUGCACCAUACAACUACAUACUGGUCGUAGGUCAAAAAGAGGCUACAACCGGACAGGUGACUGUUCGGCUCAGAGAAGACCCUGCAGGCCGUAAAGACUUACCAGAGAUGAGCAUCGACAGUUUACUGGAUGAAUUCAAGUACAAGACAGUCAACUAUCUCUAA